AUGGAUACAACAGAGAAUUAUCUAACAGCAACACUUCAAAGGAAGAAAGGCGAAAACUUCGGAUUUUCACUUCGUCGUGCUAUUGAGGAUGGUGCUAAGUUUCGACUAGCUGAAGGUUUACCAACUUUGCAUAAAAUUGUAAACAUAUUAGAAAAUGGCCACGCUUAUAAAGCUUCUUUGCGCAAUGAUGAUCAUUUAAUUGAAAUCAAUGGACAAGACGUAAAAUCAAAGUCUUAUGCAGAAUGCAUAGGACUUAUUCAAAAUACUGGAGAUACAUUAACAGUCAAAAUAUUUCGGUUGUCUGAAGAAAAUACUAUUAACCCAUCUCUUCUACCAUCUAUUAUAGUUACGGUUAAUUAUAAUAAUCCUUCAAUUAUUCAUUGCUUCGAAUUCCUUAAACCUCAUUGUGAAAAUUCAGAAGGUUCACUGGAUCCCAUAUUCAAUACCAUUGUUAAUGAAUCACUCGACGCAAACAUACUUUUUCAAAUUUUGAGCAAUCAAAUAUUACCAGUCGACUAUUUAAUCGCAUAUGUCGUUGAUAGUCUUAAACGAUAUCAUGCUCUCAAUGACAUAAUCAUUCUUCUGUCGGAAGCUGUUGAAUUAUUAGCUGAAAAUAAUACUGACAAUAAAUAUGAAAUGCUCAUCGAUCAACUUACCAAAAGAAUGUUACUUGUUCAAACGCUUGAGAAUAUGUCUUAUGAUAGUCAACGUUUUCUAUGCAAUUUCAUUCGAAAAAAUGAUUUACCUAUUCCAUUAUCAUAUACAUUUUGGAAUUCAACAGAAAAAGCAAUGUAUCAUCGAAUCAAUUUUAAUUGUUUGAUGGAAACAUUGUGCAUCACUGAUCUUCAUGUAGUUCUACAAUUUGGCAGUCCAUCAGCUUCUGGUUUAGGCAAAACAAGUCUCAUUGGAUAUUUAUUUAAUGAUAAACGUCGUGAAUCUUUCUUUACUGAUACAGCUGAUUGUUCAUGGCGAGAUGGUUGUGUAGAUGUACUCUUCGCUGAUCAAUUUACUAUUUUCGAUGUUCAUGGUAAAGCAACAGAUACCAGAUUAAUACGAGCAAUUCAACCUUACACUUAUGUUCAAAUUAUUUAUGUUACUCAAGAAGAUCUAAAUGGAAAUUUCUUAGAAUCAAAUGUUAUGCAAAUUAUUCCAAAUAUUCAAACAAUUAUAGUUGUUUUUGAUCGUAAUUAUGAUGAUGUUGAAUUAUCAACGAAACUUAUUAAGUGUUUUGAAGACAAAUUUACGCAAUGGACUAAUAUACAGUGGACAUCGGCACCUAUGCUCAAUACACACAAUAGUCUGCCAACACGCAAAAUAGCACAACGAAAUAAGCGUUUGCGUGAAAAAUUCGAUCAAUUAUUAAAACAAAUUAAAUCGUCUGUGCAAGGAUCAUUAUUUCGAAGUUGUUUCCAAAUUCAGUCGUCCUUCUAUGAAAAAACCUCUGGUCUAACACCAAUUAAACCUGUGUUUGAAAUUGAAACCGAACUUGAUCGUCUUUUUUCACAUCUUUCUGAUAAAACAGAAAAUCUUCUUCUUGUUACACCUAUUAGUUAUCAACAAUCACAACUUAAAGUAUCAACUGCAUCGUUUUAUGAAACGCUGAAAACCGAAAGAAUAGUAUCAAAUUCUAUAGUAAAUGAUGUUUCUCAAAGAAUUCAAACNAUUCAACCUUACACUUAUGUUCAAAUUAUUUAUGUUACUCAAGAAGAUCUAAAUGGAAAUUUCUUAGAAUCAAAUGUUAUGCAAAUUAUUCCAAAUAUUCAAACAAUUAUAGUUGUUUUUGAUCGUAAUUAUGAUGAUGUUGAAUUAUCAACGAAACUUAUUAAGUGUUUUGAAGACAAAUUUACGCAAUGGACUAAUACACAAUGGACAUCGGCACCUAUGCUCAAUACACACAAUAGUCUGUCAACACGCAAAAUAGCACAACGAAAUAAGCGUUUGCGUGAAAAAUUCGAUCAAUUAUUAAAGCAAAUUAAGUCGUCUGGGCAAGGAUCAUUAUUUCGAAGUUGUUUCCAAAUUCAGUCAUCGUUCUAUGAAAAAAAUCCUAGUCUAACACCAAUUAAACUUGUGUUUGAAAUUGAAACUGAACUUGAUCGUCUUUUUUCACAUCUUUCUGAUAAAACAGAAAAUCUUCUUCUUGUUACACCUAUUAGUUAUCAACAAUCACAACUUAAAGUAUCAACUGCAUCGUUUUAUGAAACGUUGAAACCCGAAAGAGUUGUCUCAAAUUCUACAGUAAAUGAUGUUUCUCGAAGAAUUCAAACAUCUAGUAUAAUCAAUGAAUAUCAUAACUUUACUAUUUCAUUACUUAAUCAUCGAACUUAUAUUGAAUUACUUAUUGUUGAAGCUUAUUUAGAAAAAUGGCGAGCGUCUUAUGUACCAAGUUUGCGCAAACAACAAGAACUCUUACGUGAAAAUGCUUCAGUAAUCUUACGACAGUUAAAACAAGCUGAACGAGAAAAUUCAGCAUCAUCUGAAACAACUGGUUUGCGUCAACAAUAUGAAAUGUUACUUACUCAACUAAGAGAUGUUGAUAGAUGUUUAAUGAAUGUUGAUUUAACAUUUGGUUUAUUUUGUGAUGAAUUAUUUGCUUUAUGGGAUAAUAUUCAUAGAACACAAUCAUCUAGUGAAAUAAAAAAACUUCAAAACAAAUUUGAUCUUGUUGCUACUAAAUUAGCAGAACUUGUCUACAAAGGUUUUGCUUUACAUAUUCUUCGUGGUCGACCUUUACAAAGUCAUAGUCGAUUAUUAAGAAUGUGCAUGGAAAAAUUGAAUUUUAAAGAUUCUAUCGCUAUUCUAACUGUUAUUGGAGAACAAUCAUCGGCUAAAUCAUCUUUACUUAAUUCAACAUUUGGAUGCAAUUUUCGUGUUAGUGCUGGACGAUGCACCGUUGGGCUAUAUCUGGGUCUUGCAUAUUAUAAAAAUAUGAGUAUUAUAAUUUUGGAUACUGAAGGAUUAAUGUCAUUAGAAGAAUCAGGAUCAAUUUUCGAUAAUCAAAUGGUCACAAUGGCUGUACUUUCUUCUAAUCUUGUACUUGUCAAUCAUAAAGGUGAAAUAAGUUCGAGUCUUGAAGGUCUUAUUGGUAUGAGUUUGUAUGCUAAAAUUCAAAUUCAAAGUUCACCAUUCAAACCAAAACUUUUAUUUGUUUUACGUGAUCAAACUCAACGGGAUAUGAAAAUUUUUCAACAACAACUUAAUAAAUUAAAAGACAAUAUUCAAACAAAUGGACAAUUUUUACAAAUGUCUAUUGAUGAUGAACUUGAAAUGAAACAUAUUAUUCUUAUGCCUGGAGCAUUUAUAGAAGAUACGAAUCGGGAUUAUGGUAUUGUACAAAAAUGGCGUACAGAAACAUUCUCUAUGGAAAUUAAUAAACUUCGUACAAACGUAUUCCAAUGUCUUGAAGAACAAAUGAAUGAAACAGUAAAUAUGAAUUUUCCUCAACGAAAUUCUACGAAUUCACGCAAAAACUUUGAUUCUUAUUUAUAUUCGAAAUUAACAACAAAUUGGAAAUCAAUUGAUGAUCUUGGAGAAGGUUUACUUCGUUGUCAAAGUCUAUAUGAAUUAAGUAUUCAAAAUGAACUUAAAUCUAUUGCUGCAAGUAUUAUUGUCGCACGACAAAAUCAAUUACAAAGAUUAGGAAGUGAUUUAAUUGAAAUAUUGAUUAAAAAAAAUGAUCAAUUGAUUCAUACAAAUUUAGACACAAAUAAAAACUUAAAACCACAUCUUUGGCUUAAACAUAUUGUUAAACAAGGAAUUACAGUUUUAAACAAACUUAUUAAUGAACAAACUGAAGAUGCCUUAAAAGAUUAUGAAGAACAAACAGAACAUAGUUACUUUAAACAUAUGAAACAUCAUGGAAAAACUAUUAAAGCCAGUAUUAAAAAUAUGGAACAAUAUUUAUAUGAACAACUUGAAAUGCGUGCUUUAGAAACAGCAUUAAAAACAACACAGGACUAUUAUCGACAAGAAUUAUUAAAUAUAAAACUUACUAUAAAAACAUCUAAUGAUUUUACUAUGAGAAUGGAUCAACGUGUUCAAGAACUCGAAAUUGAAAUUACUGAUAGUCUUCAAGCAUAUAAAAAAAGUAAAGAAACUAUUAUGAAAUCUAUUUUAGAUGUAUAUAAGAAUGUUAUUCAAACUAAAAAUGAAAAUAAACAUCGUAAUAGUACUUAUAAUCUAUGUCCACCACUUGAUUAUAAUAAAUAUUUUGAUAUUGUUCAAGAACUUCAUAUUAUCAUUAACAAAUAUGUAAAUAAAUACAUUCAACAGAAUGAACGUAGUAAUUCAUCACUAGAAACUGUUACUCCUCGGUCACCUUUAAUGACAACUAUGAAUUUAUCACCUUUUUCUUUUCCAAUUGAAGGUCAAAAUGUAUUUCACUGGUUUAAUAAGUUCAAUGAACCAAUUAAGAAUCAACAAAUGAUACAUUUUGUUUUUAGUGUACUACUUAAUCAAAUCAACGAUCGACUCGAUAUGUCUCCUUUACAUUUAGCAUAUUCAGAUCCAAAAAUGAUAGAUGAACUUAUUGAAAUUAUCGAUUAUGAAGUUCAUUCAGCUAAAUUAGAUUUUAGUCAUAUUAAUAGACCUGCAUUGAUUCGUGAUCUUAUUAUUUUUACGUUACAUAUGCUUGUUGAAAAAACGAAUCAACGAUUUGAACUAAAAAUAAAACAAUUAUUAACUGAAACACUUAAUAAUCUUAACCAAGUAAAAGAAAAUCUUCUUGAACAAAUGAAUAAAGAUGAAAAAACAAAUAAUCAAGCUAAACUUUUUCGUCGGAUAAUUGGAAAAGAAAUUAUUUGUGAAUUAGGACGAAUAAAUCGACAAAAAUUAAUUGAAGAGAUUCGUAACAAAUUUAAUGAAUAUUACUUAAUUGAUCCAACUGAUAUUACUCGGCAAAUUUAUUCAGAAAGUAUUGCUUCACAACCAAUUAAUCCUUUAGCUAUAUUGAAGUUUGUCUCAGAUCCAAGUUAUUUUUGCCGAGAACAUAUUUAUUUGACUGUCAAGGAUUUUCUUCAAGAAUUCAUUAAUAUAUAUUCGAAUGAUUUUACUACAAAAUUAACUGCCUAUAUGUUAAUAAUGGCAGAUGUAGUUUUGAACAGUGAAUCUACUGACACUCAUGUACUACACAAACAAAUACUUCAACAGAUUGUUUCUGCAAUACCCGACUUUCAAGCUUCACGUACAAUUGAAAUUGAACAAAAAAUUGAAAAUCCAGAUCAAUUUAAAGAAUAUUUUAAAAAUCUUGAUUUAUUUGAAGGCGAGAUGGAUAAUAUUCUAUUACAGCAAUUAGUUAAAGUUCGAGAAGAAUUUAGUCAAACUGUAAUUCAUGAAUGUAUUGAAACAUUAAUCUAUCAGUUAAUUGGUUGCACAUCACGUUGUCCUGGUUGUGGUGUUAAAUGUGAAUUACCAGCCAAAAUUGAUCCUUCAGAAGAACAUCAUCAUUAUAGUCAAUAUCAUCUUCCCAUGGCUUUUAAUGGUUGGCCUCGUAAUGACCAACUUCAUCCACAUUUAUCUAUGUGCUAUCAACAAUGGACAAGUAAAACAUUGUUUCGAGGUGAUAAUUCAAUGUCUAGUCCGGAAGAAUUUUUUUCAUCAGAAGCAUUUGAUUGGUAUAAUGAUGUCAAGAAGAAAAGUGAAACAGGAGAAGCCCAUUUAGAGCGUUAUCCUCUAAUUGAACAACGUCGUGCAUGGAUGGCUGUGCGCUAUAAAUUACUCAAAGAAUUUGAACUACAAGAUCAAGAAAGCUAUCAUUCGGGAAUUUAUCCAACAUUCAUUGUGAGCGUGCCAAACGAUAUGGAAGUACUAUGGGAACCAUUGUAG